CCAGAGAACAUUCAUAUGAUGCGAAAAUGGGAAGGUGGAGACCCCGGAGUGGUUAACCAAAAAACACCAACCACUCUUCUACUAGAUCCCAAUGAGAAAUUCCAUUCUUUUGGAUAUGCUGCAAGGGACAAUUAUCAUGACGUUGAUCCAGAAGAAGCAAAAAAAUGGCUCUAUUUUGAAAAAUUCAAAAUGACUCUUCAUAAAACAGAGCAUUUAAGUCGAGAGACUUUAAUUCAUGCUGCAAAUGGAAAAGGGAUACCGGCCCUAACUGUGUUCGCCCAUGCACUUCGCUAUUUCAAAGAACAUGCCUUACAAGAACUAAGCGAUCAAUCCGCCACAGCCAUCUUGAAUGACGAUGUCCGGUGGGUUGUGACAGUUCCCGCCAUAUGGAGGCAACCUGCCAAGCAGUUCAUGCGAAACGCGGCCUAUGAGGCCGGUAUAGCAUCUCCUGAUAAUCCGGAGCAACUGCUGGUUGCUUUGGAGCCUGAAGCAGCAUCCAUAUUUUGUCGACGUCUGAGGUCACAUCAAUUGAUUCCCCUGAUUUCAAGUCCGCAAAGACUGCUGAUGCCUAACAUCAAAGAAGACACCGAAUCCAGUCAAGAACCCGCCGUGAUAGAAAACGCCGAACCGUCAUGAAAUUGUGCCCCAAGUAACAAUGAAUUUAUUCUUAAUAUUCUUCACACAGGCACAAAAUAUAUGGUAGUUGAUUGUGGAGGAGGAACUGUGGACAUCACAGUACAUGAAAUCAUAGACGAGAAUGGGACUAUUAAGGAACUGCACAAGGCAACAGGUGGACCUUACGGAUCAAUUGGAGUGGACAUAGAAUUUGAGAAGCUGUUGGGAAGGAUAUUUGGAGUAGAUUUCGUAGAACAAUUCAAAGCAAGGAGACCAGUAGCUUUCGUCGAGCUGAUGGUGGCUUUCGAAGCAAGAAAGCGGAAUGCAAGUCCUUUCAAGAUUACGCCAAUCAACAUUGCUCUUAAUUUCCCUUUCAUCGAUGAUUUCAAGAGGACUAAAAUUGGAUCGAUUGAUGCCGCCGUCAAAAAAUUUGGAAGCAAAGAAAUUAAGUGGUCCUCACAAGGCAUGCUACGAUUAGAACCCGCUGCCAUGCUGACGCUUUUCCAACCCACACUCGAUGCCAUACGAUUGCACGUAUCCAACGUCUUAGAAAACUGUGGAAGCAGCAACAUAUCCUACCUGUUCCUUGUUGGCGGCUUUGCCGAAUCAGCUAUUCUCCAGAAGUGCAUUCGAGAUGCCUUUUCUAGCCGACUCAAGGUCAUCAUUCCUCAAGAUGUCAGUUUGGCCAUAUUGAAAGGGGCAGUCCUCUUUGGAGUAGAUCCCACAGUUGUCAGUUCUAGAAGAUCUAGAUUGACUUAUGGUGUUGGCGUUCUCAACAGGUUCAUCAACGGCGUUCAUCCGCAAGAGAAGCUAGUCAUCAAGGACGGCGUGGAAUGGUGCGCCGAUGUCUUCGAUAAAUUCGUUCUAGCAGAUCAAUCCGUAUGUGUUGGGGACACAGUUAUCCGUCGUUACACACCUGCGAGAAGUGGUCAGACAUGCAGCGUCAUCCACAUUUACUGCAGCGAGAGGGAAGGUGUCCAGUUCAUCACCGACCCAGGGGUUAAAAGAUGUGGUACAUUGGUGCUAGACCUGGAGGACGAGAAGCUGGAAGCUCAGCAAACCGGGAAGAGGGAGAUUCAGACCAUCAUGAUCUUCGGCGACACGGAAUUGAAAGUCAGCGCCAUGGAUGUCCUCACCGGGAGAUGCGUUAAAGCUGAAGUGGAUUUCCUCAAUGGAUAGUUAUAUGCAGAACUGUUUGUGCUGGUGAAAAGUUUCAUUGUGAAGUAGUCGACGCAGCGUAGCAUUCAAGCUAAUUUUUGAUGCCAGGAAACGUUUUUGUCAAAGACAAACAUAAUGCGAGUAAAGUUUCACAGUCGAUUCAUGUAAUUUUUAUUUUAAAGAAAUGAAAAGAGGGACAAAUUAACAUUGAACCUUGCUGAUGUGAAGUUAUUGAUAUGAAGUGAUAAAAAAUGUUUUAUCGGAAAAUACUUGAAAACACACAUAUUAACUACCAUCUACGGACACUUCCAUCGAACUUGUUUCAGAUGAUGGAAAAUGCUUUCGUCGGGGAGUAAAAAUUAUGAGGGUGAAUUUUCCACAAUUAACUAAUAACUUCAUUUUUUCAAGAAAUAAAAAAGAAAUGAACAUUGAACCAUGCUGUAAAGUUGUUGGUAGGAUAGUAUAAAAGACGAAUCGAUCUCAAACUCUCAUUCCUUUCGGGUGGUAAAGCCAGUUUAUAUCUCGAAGAAAGUGCAUUUUGCUAGAAACUGAACUCAUUGCAUUGGUUAUACUUUUGAGUAGGACUUUAAACAACAAGUUCUACUUUGAAGAACAUUUUAAUGUUAGUCAUUGCUUCAUUCAAAUAAUUAAAGGAAGUGCAUAACAUUUUAAAGUAAUGAAAUAUUAAAAUAAUGUAUCAAAAGACUUUAAAAUUUUAAGCUUAAUCUUCUACAAACCAUCUUUGGUGAGAGAAAGAUUUUCUUUUACUUGUAGGAUGUGCAUGUUAGAAUAAUAUUAUCAACUUUACGUGUCCCGAAGUGAUGUUUCAUUCUUCAACAAUGCAAAUAAGAAUUUCUUUAAAAAUGACUUUCAAUGAUAGUUUAAACUGCAAAAACGAAAACGUCUGUUGUUUGUUGCAGUAGUUCAAGCGAAUUGCUAGAUUCGUAAUCAUUAGUGCAUUUUACAAAACAGAGUAGUAUACCUUUUAGUUCAGAAACAAAAUUUUAUUGAAAUGAUUAAGUUUUCAAUUGUUCUGCAUUGAAAAAUAAAACGGUAGAGCUCAAAUAUUUUAUUGGUGCUUUAGAAAAAAUAGUUAUGUUAUUUAGGUAGUAAUGGCCUGCAAAUUAUUGCUAUUAGUUAUAGUCUGUGAGUAAGUUAUAGCAUCAAAUCAAUGUUUAUAACUUCGUCAUUUAUAAACUGCUUCAUAGAAAUGGAUACUUUAACUGUGAAACUACACUAAAGAAUGUUCCUAAAUUUUGAGCGGAUGCAUUGUCAUGGUCGAUUUUUAUGCUUCAUAUGCAUAAAAAACUAUCGAAUGCCUUACGAUAUUAAGUUCAAAUCCGAACCUCAAAUAAUUGAUGUGCCAAUUUAUAUAUUGUACUGUGUUUUAAUUUUAGAGUAUUUGUUCCAUUUGUGCAAUAAAAUUUAUU